UCUUCCCCCCGCACUCGCAGUGGAAAUCCAACAAGGUGGAAACAUUCCCGAAAGUUACUAGCUCGACUCCAACCACUUGCUCGAUGAGCGUCAGGUGAUGAUUCCCUUGGUGUACAGGCAUGUGCCCAUCUGCCCAUUAGAAACUUAUCAACAGAGAUGAGUAACGACAAUGAACAAACCGACAUGGACCUGGCUUCUGGAGCAGCCAAGCCGUACGGGUCCUCCAGGAGUAUAGUGAGGAGAAUAGCCAGUAGUCUUCCUCUUCAACCCUGCCCCAGGGUCCAUUUUCAGCUUUAUCCGUACGCUGAGAAUGUCGGUGUCCUGUUUGGCUCCAGGAGGCAGAAGUGUCAGGUGGCCUCUCUGGCUGACGUCGGCUGGAUCGACAGGGAAGAGGAAGAGGAUGAGGAUGAGGAUGAUGUAGAGUACUUUGACAGGCCCAGCAGGUCAGGGAUUCCACCAGGACUUGUGUUCCGUGCGCGACAGCCUCAUCCUCAGAGAAAAUCCUUAACCCGCCAGAGUUCGCUGCCCAGCCUGCAUCAGGUGGCCCCGGACCCCCAGGGGUCAACUGUCGCCAACGACGAGGCCUUUCAGAAGAUCAGCGUGCUGGAAACGGAACUCGCCAAACUCAGAGCGCAGAUAGCACAAAUUGUGUUGGCUCAGGAGAAGAGCACACAGCCAGCUGCUACCACAGGGCCCCCUCCUCCUCCUGCACCCUGUGGCUCUCUGCCUCCCCCUCCACCACCACCACCACCACCGCCUCCUCCUCCUCCACUACCACCCCCAAAUCUCCAGCGGACAUUCUCUGCCAUUGAUUUGAUAAAAGAGCGCAAAGGCAAGAAACCGGAGGGCCAGACAGUUUUGGAAUCAAAGGCAGCAGAAUUCCCCAACAUGCUCGAUGUCCUGAAGGACAUGAGUAAAGUCAAGUUGCGAUCGGUCAAGAGUCGUCCAAGUGAAGGUGACGCCAAAGUCAAGUCCAGAGAGCCUGCAGACGCCGCCACGCUCAUCGCCGAGGCCCUGAAGCGCAAGUUCGCUCACCGCUACCGACACAACAGUGGACAAGAAGACAAAGACGAAUUCACACUUCCCGUUCCGGACGUGAAGCCUCGAACCGAAACACCUCUGUUUGGUCAGCACAUGUUGAAAUCGACUGGAAAAAGGACACAUCACUGAACUGUAGAGUCUCUCAUCAGCACCCUUUUGAACAGCUGCUCCUUCUGUGGAAGGAGACUCGUGUCGGGACGCUCUGCGUAUGAAGUCCUCUCACAAGUGCUCCCGUGUCUUUUUGCACUUUUCUAACAUAGACUUCCUUCCUAUUUUUCAAAAGGGAUUAUGUUUUGUUCAACUGAAUGUUUUCGCUUUGAGGUACACACACCUUUUCAAUCUAUUUUAAAGAGCAACACUACAGAAUCUUUUAAUGUGAGUUAGAUUAUUCAGUCUUUUGUUCGUAUUAAAGUCAUUUGCACAUCAUAGGUGAGUCAGUUUCACAUUCCAGUUUGUUUUUUUUAAUUGUUCUGUGAAAGAGUGGACGUUCCUCUAACACAGAAGAAGAAAGCGAGCACUUUCUUACGCGUGGGAUAUCGUGAUGUCACGUUUGUAUGUGUAUACGGACGUGCAGAGUAAUUUAUGUUUGGAAUCCACAUUUAUUUGUGUGUGUGCUUUAAAUACAUCCGUUUUGUCUUAACUAUCAAUCAUGUCCUCGAUUAAUCCGUUUCUGUUUCUGUGUCGAGCAGCAGGUGUACGUUGUGUCAUAGUUGUCAAGUCUUGACGGGGCCUUUUACUGGUUCAAAUAUAUCCCAGUUUUAGUUGUUUAUAAUUUAUCUCUCUUGACCACAAUCCACUUUUAAGAGCCAAAGACAUUCCAGUGAUGCUCUGUGCCUUUUACUGCCAAAUCUGACCUUUUCAUAUCCAUUUUUUGUAUUGCCCUGGUUUCCCACGACGCUUGGAUGAGUGAGGGAAAGAUACUGUAACUGUUAAGUUCAUCUAUUCAGGUUUCUUUAUCAGUACCUUGUAAGAUUUGCUUUAACAUCUUCAAUCUUUCCCGUAAAAUAGUUGACCGAUUGCACAUUUGUUGCCUGUCCUGAACAUUAUUUAUGUCAGUGAAUUUGCUGCUUAAAGUCAACUUGUACUUUUUUUAAGGGAAGGUGGACUGUAUGUCAGUAGUAAUGGACUGAUUUAAAUCGAUUAUUCAGUUUUGUUGAAGAGUUGUCUUCCAUGAAAAUGUACUUGAAUUGUCAAAUCUAAAUUAAAGUUUAUGGUCAGUUCUUA